AGAAUGGGCAAGUGCCCUGCCCAGAGGAGGUAAAAGCUGAGGGAAUUACCCAAUUUGUUUAUACAGGCCAAAAGUGAACCCACCAAGGGAGCAGGCAUGGGUGUAUCAUGUGUGAUGCAUGCUGGGGACACAAUGCAGGUUUGGGAAGGGGUCUGCAGCAAGACUUCACUUGGCCCCAGUUGGGGUCUGCACCUUCUUCUGUUCCCUGAAGUUUCUGCAGGGAGAGUUUUGUCAACAAAUUUUGUCGUGACUUGGCUCAGGAUUAUUUAUUGUAAGCAAUUGGAUCUUUUAACUGAGCUAUUUAAAGACAACAUUCCCUUUCCCAGGAAAGCCCCUGUCCUGCCCUGUGCCCACCUGCCCAGAGCCUGUGCUGCCAGCUGCCUGCUCCCCAGCUGCAGCCUGACAGAGCCCUGCCAGCCCCAGCACUCACAUGGGCUCUUUGCUCAGGGAAAGUGCCGGGGGACGGGUUCUCCUGCCUUCGCUCGCUCUCAUUUCCUCCCAGGACUCAUCCACGUCUCCUUGCAAGAGAAGGGUGGAUGACUGGGGCCCAAGUGGGUGAAGGGGGAUGUGUCCUGGCCCCACGCAUGGGUGCAAGGAGCUGGCUUCCUGUGGGGAGGUUGCUCCAAGGCCCCGUUGGAGUGACCACGGCUCCUGGAGGGACCGGGACCAGAUUCCUGUGCUGGAGCCAAAGACAAUGGGUGGGACCAUGGGGCCACACACCCCUGCAAUGGCACACAUCCCACUUACUUGAAUGUGUAGUCCUGCUCACCACAUUCACAAGGUGUCCUCUGCUCUCAGAAGCUGUGCUGGUGGACCCGGCAGCACCGCAAGGCUCUGUGCCUGGUGUGUGGCCCCAGCUGCAUCCCAGCUCCCUGCUGGGACAUACACCAGGCUGGAUGCAGACCUGGGGCACUCCCGUCUAUCCCUGCUCCCUGCAGCCCAGGGCGCCCUGCCGGGCACCACAGGCCUGCACUGCUGCCUCAGCUUGGGCCCACGAGGUGUGUCCUUCACUGCCCUUGUGCCCACAUGGAUUGGGGCCGAUAUUGUUAUGUGACCUCUGGAACUUCGUAUUUCCUACUGAUCGACCAGGAAAAGCAGGCUGAGGGGUCACUCGGCCCUGCUCAGGGGCAGGAGAUGGAGGGUCUGGUGGGUGUGGGUGCAGAGCACUGCAUGAAGGAACUGGGGUCAGCGCCUCUCUGUCCUGCCUGGGGAUGAGUCCCCUUUGCUCAGGAAAGCGCUGUCUGGUGGCUGUGCAGACAGCAGGGGAUUUCAGACCCAGGAAGGGAGCAGACACUCAAUCACCCUCUUCCAGAGAAGCUACCUGAGUCCAAAGGGUAUGUGGUAUGUGGAGAUAGGAGCAGAGGAGUGGUGGCACCAUUUGGGCUCAACACAUCCCACCAGCAGCAUGUACCAGUGCAAAGGAGGCUGCCAAAGAGUGACUGGCCUGAAGGUCUGAAUUUCAGAAGCAGAGAGCCCUGGGGAUGGCCAAGCCCCCCAUUUUGUAGGGUGCUGCUUUGGCUUCAGUGCACACAGCAGGGCCAUCGAAACCACCAUCCCUCCAGGUGCAGGGAAGGGUGCUCUGGGAAAGUCAUAUAACGCACGGACAGCUCCUCCCUCCUGGCAACUCUCUGCUUCACUCAGCUUAGAUAAGGCAGCUGGGAACUGAGUCCUUCUGCUGCAAUCAGCCUUUUGACAGCCGAGUCACACAUGAGGAAGGGGUGACCACAGACUCAGAUGGGCCAUGCAGACGUCCUCCUUCCCGGGCUCUCAUGUCUCCCCUGGAAAAGCUCAGGAAUGCUGCUGAGACCCCUGGAGGGCCACCCUCCUCUUCCAGUGUGAUAAUCCUUCUCAUCGUAAUAAAACUUCUAAACAAGUGACCUUCCACUUUGUGUGUGAUUGCAGAGCACUGGAUACUGGAAACAUCACUCUCACCUCUUAAAGACCUUGUAGAGACUUGUAAUGGAAGGAUUAAGAAUGGUCAGAGCAAGGAGAGAACAGAAAUGUGUGUGUAAAAGCACCAGAGGAGCAGGGGAAUAAGGGUUAAGUGGGAUAAAAGACAGGCGUGAGCCAACAGCCGCAGGACUCCUAUGUGUGAUUUCAUUCAAAUGAGGAGGAGGAACUACCUGGGCAAGGAUAAGUUGUCAGGAAGAUGCAGAAGGAGGCUGAGCCAUAAAUACAUGAGUAAAUCAAACAUGAGUUUUGCUUAAGGCUGAUGAGUUAUGAGGCAACAUGAGGUUGAGAAGACCUUCAACCUGUGUCCACUUCCAAAGGAUAUAAAAGGUGAGCCCAAGCUGGGUUUAGUGCCAGCAGUGGAGGAGCCCACAGCCACAGUGAGGACUCACAAGCCAGCUCCUAAACUAACAGGCACCUUCCCAUGAUGUUUGCUAACAAAAAGCUCUUCACCACCACCAUCCUCGGGGUCCUGGUCACACUCUCCAUCAUCGCCCUUGUUCUCAGCCUGGUGAAGAUUGAAGAUGUUGCCCUGCCACCCAUGGUCAAGUACGGGAUGGUGUUCGAUGCAGGCUCAUCCCACACCUCUCUGUUUGUCUACGAGUGGGACUCAGACAAGGAGAACGACACUGGUGUGGUCAGCCAGACCUUAUCCUGCGAUGUCCAGGGGCCAGGCAUAUCAAGCUAUGCCAACAAUCCCCCCAAAGCCGGUGAUUCCCUAAGGGAGUGCCUGGAUAAAGCCCUGAAGGUCGUUCCUGCCGAGAAGCAGAGAGAUGUCCCAGCUUACCUUGGAGCAACAGCAGGCAUGAGGUUACUGAGGCUACGGAAUAGCUCAGCUGCAGACCAAAUCCUGGCCGAAAUUGCUAAAACCAUGCGAGAGUACCCUGUGGCUUUCCGUGGGGCUCGGAUCAUUACAGGAGAAGAGGAGGGAGCUUAUGGCUGGAUCACCAUCAACUACCUGCUGGAGUCCUUCACCAAGUACUCCCCCAAAGCACAUACGUGGGUCCGUCCAGAGGCAGCCAACAUUUUGGGGGCACUGGAUCUUGGAGGCGCAUCAACGCAGAUCAGCUUUAUCCCCAAAGGUUCAGUUAUAAACUGGAAUGAAACCUCCAGGUUCAUGCUGUACGGGUAUAACUACAGCAUCUACACACACAGCUACCUCUGCUACGGGCAGAAUGAGAUGCUGAAGCGCCUGGCAAAGGAGUUAAUUCUGGAGUCAUCCUCCAGAACACGAGUUGAACACCCUUGCUAUCCCAAAGACUACAAUGAAACCAUCUUGCUGUCUUCCUUCCACACCAGCCCCUGCACCAAUGCGAGCGACCCACGCCUGUCCCCCAGUGACAGAAAUGUGACCCUGGAGGGCAGGGGCAAUGCCAGCGGGUGCCUGGUUGCCAUCAGGAAGCUCUUCAAUUUCUCGGCGUGUGGCCAGAGCCAGGACUGCACCUUUGAUGGCGUCUACCAGCCCCCCAUCAGCGGGCAGUUCUUUGCCUUUUCUGCUUUUUACUAUAACUUCAAGUUUCUCAACCUGACCGAGGGGCAGCCACUGGCCACCGUCAGGGAGACCAUCGAGCGUUUCUGUGCAAGGAGCUGGGAGGACCUUUCUUCCAGCUACCUUGAAGAGAACCCUGAGAGGCUGCCCAAAUACUGCGCCAACGCCAACUACAUCCUCACACUCCUCCUCGACGCCUACAAGUUCAACGAGAGCAGCUGGAACAACAUCUUCUUCCAGAUGAAGGCGGGGAGCGCUGACGUGGGCUGGACACUGGGCUACAUGCUGAACCUCACCAACAUGAUCCCGGCAGAGGCUCCGGGGCAGCUGAAGGGGCACGCUCCCUCCCUGUGGGCUGCAGCCAUAGCCUUUGUUGCCCUCACACUGGCCUUGGGGCUCAUUGCCCUGCUGCUGCUCUUGCACGUGUAGGAACAGUAACCUCCAGGGCACUGAAGAACCAGAGGCUGGCCUGUGGGACUGGCCCCAAACAUGAGGAGAGGCACUACAGGAGGUUUUCAGAUCAGCCUACACACCUCAGCCAUGCUGACCUGCCUCUUCACACCGCCACGCCUGUUACAGGUCCGGCCUGCACCCACCAGCUGGAGUGUGGGGAUGGGCAGAGCCAGCCGGGCCAUGGAGGACCUGGGUGCCAGACCGCCAGCCUGUGGCCACAGGCACAUGGUAGCCAGGUGCAUCCUCCAGUGCUGGGUCUGACCAUGGUCACCAACAGCUAGGAGGGUCCCUGCCAGGUCUGCCAGCCUGAGGGCAUGCAAGGCUCUGUGGUGCUCCAGCUGACUCUCCUGAAUACCCAUUGUCUGGGCUCAGCUGAUGGCCUUGGAGAUGAAAGGCAAAUUGAGCAUCCAGAGCCAGAAUGGUGGUCCAUGCCUCCCCGCAGGGUCCAUCUCCUUUCCCCUCCCCUCCUCUCUCUCCCCUCUCUUCCCUUCCAUGAUGGGAUAAAGGGAUCGCCGUUCCCAAGCACCUUCCCAGACACCGGGCUGUCCCACCAGCACAAGUCUUGUGCACUCUGGGUGUCAGGCUGUGACUCCAGCAGGCUGCAAGUCCUACCCUGACCUGCACAGGGCACUGAACUGCGUCCUGCCCGCAGCUGUGUCCUUGCCUUUGCCUUUGGUCCUGCUCACUCCUUAUCUGCCCUGCACAUGAUUCAUCUUGCUAUUUGCCAGCAGCACAUUUGCCUCCCGGCACUACAGAGCUGACAUUUGCUGUUUCUGCACAGAGGCAAGCACCCAACCACUCCUGUUAUCCAGAAAUAAACAUUGCAAAAGGCAGC